AUGAGCCUUCUACGGCCCUUCCGAGCGACAGACAUCUUCUCCUUCAACAACAUCAAUCUCGAUCCCUGGACCGAGACAUACUCUGUGGCGUAUUAUCUGGGCAAUCUAGCGACAUGGCCGCACCUUUUCUCUGCUCAGGAGAACGCACAAGGCAAACUGAUGGGCUAUGUGAUGGGCAAGACUGAAGGGCCGGGCACCGAAUGGCACGGGCAUGUGACAGCCAUCACUGUCUCGCCCGAGCACAGGCGACUCGGCCUCGCAAAGGGCAUGAUGGCUCUCCUCGAGAAAAUGUCGGAGCUUCACCGAGCCUACUUUGUCGACCUCUAUGUCCGCGUGUCCAACAAUCAGGCGAUAGACAUGUACGAAGGACUGGGCUAUUCGGUUUACCGGCGCGUCAUAGGCUAUUACUCAGGUGGAGUCAAACCAGGGGAAGAGGAUGCAUUUGACAUGAGAAAAGCAUUAUCGCGAGACGUAAAGCAGCAGAGCGUGCGCGCCAACGGCAGAGACCACAGAGUCUCCCCGAGCGAAUGCUGGACAUGA